AUGAAGACGUGCAAUGAGAUGAAUGUUACUUUCAUGCCUGUUAACAACAGGCAGUUUCGGAAUCAAAGAGAGGAAAGGGAGCAGGGGUCGUCUGGCCCCUGUGUCGAGGCCUCCCCCGCCCUGCACGAGAGCACAGGGCGCGGACGCAAGCACAGCGGGCACAUCACCCUGGCCCCACGGCCCGGCAGAGCCCGCCCCGCGCGGGAAACCGGCGGCCCCGCCCCCGCCCCAGGAACGCUCCGCCCCGCGCCCGAGGCCACGCCCCUGAAGGGUCCGCUCCUGUCCCAACUCCUUGGCAACCAGAGGGACGCUUUCUCCUUAGCUACCGGUGCGGCUGCCACCAAGGGUGAGGAAGAGGAAGUUACUGCACCCAUGGAGAAAGUUAUCCGGAUCCAGAGGGUGUUUAUAAACCUGCUGGAUUCAUACAGCAGCGGGAACAUCGGGAAGUUCCUGUCUAACUGUGUAGUCGGGGCUUCACUUGAAGAAAUCACAGAAGAAGAGGAAGAAGAAGAAAGGAAGUCAGCCAUGGAAGCCUCAUCCAAACUGAAGGACGGCACGUUCCAGAUCGUGGGUACGCUUUCCAAGCUCGAAGGCGUUCGGCCCAACUUUGCCGUGGAGACAUACAGCAACAUCUCUCGGGAGGACCUUCUCAUGCGCCUCCUGGAGUGUGACAUCAUCAUUUAUAACAUCACCGAGAACCCACAGCAAACAGAGGAGGCCAUCUGGGCAGUCUCUGCACUGAAUGAAGAAGUCAGCCACUUCGAGAAGCGAAAGCUAUUUAUUUUGGUAUCCACGGUGAUGACCUGGGCACGCUCCAAACUCCUGGACCCCGAUGAUUCUGAGAUCCCGUUUACUGAGGAGGAUUAUCGAAGAAGAAAGCAACAUCCUAAUUUUCUGGACCACAUCAAUGCCGAAAAAAUGGUUCUCAAAUUUGGAAAAAAUGUCAAAAAAUUCGCGACUUACGUGGUUGCUGCUGGACUUCAGUAUGGAGUGGAAGGAGGCAUCUUACAUUAUUUUUUCAAGAUGGCUUGGUUGGGUGAGGUCCCUGCGUUGCCAGUGUUUGGAGAUGGAACAAAUGUAAUCCCAACAAUCCAUGUUCUUGAUCUAGCAGGAGUGAUUCAAAACAUAAUAGACCACGUGCCAAAGCUUCACUACCUGGUUGCUGUGGACGAGUCCAUUCACACCCUGGAAGACUUGGUCAAGUGCAUCAGUAAAAAUACUGGCCCUGGGAAAAUCCAGAGACUCCCCAAAGAAAAUGCUUUCCUAACCAAGGACUUAACACAAGUGUGUCUUGAUCAUUUACUGGUCAACCUGAGAAUGGAAGCACUUUUUGUGAAGGAGAAUUUUAACAUUCGAUGGCUUGCCCAAACGGGAUUUGUGGAAAAUAUCAGCAAUAUCCUCAAAGAGUACAAGCAAAGCAGAGGAUUAUUGCCGAUCAAGAUUUGCAUUCUCGGUCCCCCCGCUGUGGGAAAAUCUAGUAUUGCUGAAGCCUUGUCUAAACACUACAAACUGCAUCACAUUAAAUUGAAGGAUGUCAUUUCUGAAGCCAUAGCAAGACUGGAGACGAUCGUCACGCCUAAGGAUGAAGAGGAGGAAGAGGAAGAAGGCGAAGAGGAGGAGGAGGAGGAGGAGAACGUGGAUGAAGCUCAGGAGCUCUUGGACGGCAUCAAGGAAAGCAUGGAGCAGAACGCAGGCCGACUAGAAGAUCAAUAUGUAAUUCGAUUUGUCAAAGAAAAGUUGAAAUCUAUGCCUUGCAGGAAUCAAGGUUAUAUUUUGGAUGGGUUCCCGGAGACCUAUGAUCAAGCUAAAGACCUAUUCAAUCAAGAAGAUGAGGAGGAAGAAGAAGAAGUCAGAGGCAAAAUGUUGCCCUUUGAUAAAUUAAUCAUACCUGAAUUCGUUUGUGCGCUGGACGCGUCAGAUGAGUUCCUGAAAGAGCGGGUGAUGAACCUUCCUGAGAGCAUCGUGGCGGGGACCCACUACAGCCAGGACCGCUUCCUCCGGUCUCUGGGCAGCUACCGCAACAUCAAUACAGAAGACGAGACCGUCUUCAACUACUUUGAUGAAAUUGAGAUCCACCCGAUCCACAUCGAUGUCGGAAAACUCGAGGACCCGCAGAACAGACUUGCCGUCAAGCAGCUCGUCAAAGAGAUCGGGGAGCCUCGAAAUUACGGCCUGACGGACGAAGAAAAGGCGGCAGAGGAGCGGAAGGCCGCGGACGAGCGGCUGGCCCGGGAGGCUCGGGAGGAAGCGGAACGUGAGCGCCGGGAGGCGGCGGAGACGGCAGAGAAGAUGGCACGCUGGGAGGAGUGGAAUAAACGACUAGAGGAAGUGAAAAGAGAAGAAAGAGAAUUAUUAGAGGCCCAGUCGAUUCCCCUGAGAAACUAUUUAAUGACCCACGUGAUGCCAACACUUAUGCAGGGUCUGAAUGAAUGUUGUAAGGUCCGACCGGAUGAUCCUGUUGAUUUUCUGGCAGAGUAUCUCUUCAAGAACAAUCCUGAAAUACAGUGAAACUUUACAGAUCGCAUAUGAUAUACCUUUAUGGAGUUAGAGUUUAACAUUGUAAUUUGAAAAAUUUGCUUUAAAAAAAAAAUGCGUUUCCAGUUUUUGGAAAGUUCCUUGUCUUCCCCACAAGCAAAUACUUUAUUAUGUAGAAGCAUUAUAAAAAGCUGUAUGGCAAUGAGUGACAUCAUUAAAGAACUUUAUUUGAAAGGUAAUGAUAAAGUAUGCAUAGCUCAUGGGACAAAUACUGAUUUUAUAUUGUAUUCAUAGUCAAGGUAUUCUGCACACUGGGAUAUACGGUAAUUUUUAGCAUGAAGAAAAUCAGACUAUUAUUUGAACACAUAGGCUAAUGACUUUACACAAUUUGCUAUGGCCCGGAUGCCAAUGGUGUCAGAAAGAAAUGAAAAUGGUUUAUGCUUUGUUGACUCACACUUUGUCAGAUGUGAUUUGUUUCCACUGGGUUAAUUUUUGAGUUCGGGGUCAGUAUCCUAGGCAAUGAGUCAGAGAGAGAAUGAUAAACCUCUUGGUAGAAAAAUUCCCGUAACAGAAUGAAUAAUCCUAAUAUUUGUGGUAAUUAAAAGCUGCCGAAUAUUUUCAACAAACUUUACAAUGCAGGUAUAGGCAAUCAAGCCCUAUGGUCUUUUCCAGCUUGAAAAGCCCUGUAAUUUCCAGAAUGACACGGAAUGAGAAAAUUAAACUAAUCAACUAGG